UAGUGGUCCUGAUUUAUAAGUAUCUAUAAUUUCCUACUACGGCAAUCACUUCAAUUAUUUGUCUCUCUCGCCGGCCAAACUCUAAAGUCUAAAAAACCCAUCACUCGAUCGGAAGUUUCAUGGCGGCGGAGCAGACAACCACCGCCAACUCGCGGCUGAGCCGCCAAUUGGGCGGCACCGAGCAGACCUGGUGCAAGGCGGUGCCUGGCGGCACAGGGAUAACUGUUUCCGCUCUGCUCUUCUCAAACCCGCCGGAUUUUUCAGUUAUUACCGACGCCGUCGGAAAACUCCAAACCGCACAUCCCAUCCUCAGCUCCCAAAUCCGCCACGAUCCCGCCACGGGUUUAUUCUCCUACGUCACUCCCGCCACUCCCCACCUGAAAAUCCAAUCGUUCGAUUCUCCGUCGACGGCGGAGAUUCUCCGGCAACUGCCCAACCCCAACUCCUCCGUCUCCGAUUUCCACCUCAUCGUCGAGCACGAAUUGAACCGCAACGAUUGGCGGAGCCCUAACCCGGAAUCCCACGUUGACAGCGACGUUUUCUUCGCCGGCGUUUACGCCUUGCCCGGCGAUAAGUUGGCCGUGGCCCUCCGGCUUCACACGUCGGCGUGUGACUCUGCAACGGCGUGGACAUUGUGUAUGGAGUUGAGGGCGUUGCUCGGAGAAGAAGAAGGGAUAAUACAGAGGGAAUUGGAGUGCGAAACUAAGAUUGCUCCGGCAAUGGAGGAUUGCAUUCCUGAAGAGAAGCUUCGUAAGCCAUUUUGGGCACGUGGAAUCGACAUGUUUGGAUAUUCUAUGAAUUCUUUAAGGAUGUCCAAUCUCAACUUCGAGGAUACUGAAUCUCCUAGAGCAUCAAAUUUUGUCACACUUCAUAUGAACAAAGAAGACACCCAUCAGAUUCUCAAUGGCUGCAAAGCAAGAGGAAUAAAACUGUCUGGAUUGUUGUCUGCUGCUGCCAUGAUGUCUGCAUAUUCUUCAAAGGGCCUUCUUGAUUAUCAGCAGGAAAAGUAUGCAGUGGUGACUCUAAUCAACUGCCGUUCCAUUCUUGAUCCAGUCCUCAGCAGCAACCGUGCCGGGUUCUAUCAUUCUGGGAUCUUGAACACACAUGACAUCAGAGGAGGAGAAGAGCUGUGGGAGCUGGCAGGGAGAGCCUACACAGCCUUUGCAGAUGCUAAGAACAACAACAAACAUUUCACAGACCUUGCUGAUCUCAACUUCCUUAUGAGCAAGGCUAUAGAGAAUCCUGGAUUAACACCUUCAUCUUCCCUGAGGACUUCUUUAAUCUCUAUCUUUGAGGAGACCCCUGUAGACGAUCAUGGUCCUUGUGGAUAUGGGGUGGAAGACUAUGUUGUUUGCUCUUCAGCCCAUGGUGUAGGCCCUAAUAUCGCGAUAUUCAACACAAUUAGAGGUGGGGAAUUAGACUGCAUUUGCCUUUAUCCAUCACCAUUGUACUCAAGGAAGCGGAUGCUGGAGCUGAUUGAUGGCAUGAAGAGGAUUCUUGUGGAGGCGAAGUGAGUAGAUAGUUUAACAGCUCUGUAAUCAAGUUGAACUCAAAACUUUUAUUCGAGUUUUGGACAACAGAUAAAUAAAACGGCGAAUUUUAGUUGCAA